UUGAUCUUUAUACUGCCGGAAGUGUAUUCUUUAUCUCAAGAUUAAAUUGUAAACCACAUUGGUUCGCAACUCUUGAUAAUAAAAACGAACCAUAUAUUUAUUUUAGGAGCACAGGCACACAAACCUGAUGAAAAUGGAGCCAUAACUUAGAAAAUAGUAAGUUCUCUUUAUAUUUCCUCGUGUCAAACUUUACCAACAGUUCUCCAAGGUAAUAAUUCAGCCUGGUUUCCAAUUUUGAUUAUCAUGAUUAUCAACGGCGGAGAAAUGUCGUCUGACGUUGUACAGCUUUCCAGAUCUCUUAAAACACAGUCUGAGUUGUAUGAUUUUUAUGGCAAACCAAAGCGUUCAUCUAGGUCAUUUUCAGAAAACAUUAAGAACAAAUGCUCCCUUUCUAAAUUAUGUGCGUUUCUAUUAGCACUAUUCCCAGUAAUAAACGUUAUAAGAACAUAUAAGGUUCGGAAUUACAUCUUAGAUGAUAUAAUAAGUGGUUUAUCUGUGGCAUGCCUUCAUUUUCCUCAAGGACUUGCGUUCGGAAUAUUAGCAUCAUUAUCGCCGGCAUAUGGGUUGUAUACAUCAUUUUUUCCUGUGCUUCUGUAUGUUAUUUUCGGAACAUCUCAACAUGUUUCUUUCGGAACAAAUGCUGUGAUUGCAAUUUUCACAGCAGAACUGGUAGAAUCACAGUUAGAACAGUUUGAUUUGCAUGGUCAUCACCAAGCCGUUAACGGUUCCAUGGUUAAUAACAUAACAACAGUUUCACCGAGAAUGGACAAUGCAGUGUUAGAUUACAAAGUGUCUGUAGCAGCAGGUUCGUCAUUUAUCGUUGGAUUGUUGUUGCUAAUCAUGGGAUUGUGUCGAAUGGGUUUCAUUACAUCUUAUUUGUCAUCUUCUUUCAUUGCAGCUUUUACCACAACCGGUGCUAUUCACAUCAUUUCCAGCCAAGUCCCUAAUGCACUUGGCAUAACAAUCCAACCUGUCAACAAACCAGGAAAGCUGAUAUAUGUAUAUAUUGAAAUAUUCAAAGCAUUUCCAAAGAUUCAUGUUGCUACAUUAUUGGUCUCUAUCAUAUGCUUGAUAAUACUUGUUUUGGUAAAAGAUGUUAUUAAUGAGAGAUUCAAAAACAAAAUGAAAAUGCCAAUACCAAUCGAUAUCAUUUUAGUUGUCAUAGCAACAAUUAUUUCGUACUUUGCAAAGUUACAUGACACCUUCGAUGUAGGUGUAGUAGGAGAAAUACCUGCUGGACUACCAACGCCGCAACUACCUCGAGUGUCUGUAGAUAUAAUAGGACAUAGUAUUGUUGUCGGUUUAAUCGUGUUUGUGCUCACGAUUUCGAUGGCCCGACUUUGUGAAGUGAAGCACGGAUAUUCAGUUAACGACAAUCAAGAACUGGUUGCAUACGGCAUUGCUAAUUUAGGUGGGUCUUUUUUCUCCUGCUUUCCAGCUUGCGUUGCACCACCUCGUACAGUCGUUUUAAGUACAAUGGGCGCAAAGACAACAUUGAAUGGAAUAGUAUCAGCUAUUUUUGUCUUGCUUGUAAUAAUGUUCAUAGGAAAAUACUUGGAAUCAGCUCCUAAAGCUGUUCUUGCAGUAAUGAUCAUAGUAGCUGUUAAAAAUCUAUUAUACCAGUUCAAGGAACUACCGAAACUUUGGCGGGUAAACCGUUAUGAUUUUGUUAUAUUUGUUGGAACGGUAUUGUGCGGUGUUCUUAUUGAUUUUCCUUACGCUUUGUAUGUAGGAGUGCUACUUUGUCUUUUAACAGUUGUCGUGCAAAGUCAGAAUUCAUCUUCGUAUACCAUUAGAAAGGUUGAACAAGAAGAUCGUCUUCUGGAGCAAAAGAAUCAUGAUGUUCCAUUAUGUAAUUCGACAAUUGCGAUAUUCCGAAUGGAAUCAUCUCUUUACUUUGCAACAGCUGAUCAAUUCAUAAAGGAAUUAUACAAAGCAACAUUUAAUCCGAAAGCCUAUCGAAAACUACAAGACAAAAAAUUAAAUACUAAUGCUGAAAUUAACAUAAAUCAAAGUGAAAAUAGCGGGAACAAUGAUGAAAGGAUGUCGCUGUCCAAGACAAAUCAUGAAAACGAAAUACCCGUGGUACCUCUUACGCACAUUAUUAUCGACUGUUCGUCUAUGAAUUAUAUUGACAUGAAUGGUAUGAAGGCUUUAAUACAGAUCAACUCCGAAUACAAACAAGUUGGUGUUAACGUCAUGUUUGGAAAUUGUACUAAUUUCAUGAAAACGUUCACGGAGAAAUCGGAUUUAUCAGAGGCAAUAGACAUGAAAAAUGUGUAUGCUGAUAUUUUAGAUGCUUAUUUUGCAGCAACUCAUAAAAAAUAAAAGAAAUGCUACACAUAAAGUAAAGAAUAACUAUAUUAUAUAACUGUAACUUAAGUCCCUAUUGAAGUGGUCCUAUUUAGAAAAAAAGCUAGAUAGAUAGAUACAUAUAGAUUCUACCACUGCAUCGAGUGUGAUACGAUAUUUAUCCACUCGAGACAGUUAAAUUUUUAAAUUUAAAACGCGAGGCUGGCCGAGCGUUUUAAAUAUUUAAAAUUUAACUGUCGAGAGUGGAUAAAUAUCGUAUUACACGAGAUUUGGUGGUGGAAUCUGUUUCUCUAAUGAUUUUCAAACAAUACGCAGGCAAAUUUAUUCCUUCUUUUCGAAUGAUCUGCAAAAAGAUGUGUUCUUUCUAUGUGACGUCAUCAGGCAUGGUCGCCUUUUUUCAUGCCGUCACAAUAGGAAAUUCAGAGGAAAGCAAGAAAAUUCGACGUCAUAAUCGGAUUUUAACCAAUGAAGAACUGAGAUCAAACGAACCACACGUUGAUUAAAUUUUUUUUUAUACAAUGGGUGCAGAAAGGGAUAAAUUGACGAAGAAUUAGAGAAAUAUAUUUAUACAGUGUCAACUAUAAGGAACUAGUGUGCAUACUUAUCAUUAAAGGAGAUUUUAAACCUGAUUAAACUUGAAAUGAAGAGAGUAUUCCAUUCAGAUGAAAGCUUGAUUUAUAAGUAUAAAAAUGCGCCAUAAUCCUCAUAUUGCGUCGAAUUUUAUUUAAUUCGGAUUUUAAAUCCUAUUUUAUUACAGUUUAUUGAGGUUAUUUCUGUUGUAUUACAAUACAAUAUAAAGAAUGUAACGGUAUUUAAUUACAUCCUAUCCACAUUGUCAUACGAUAGUUUAAAUUCUGUUUUGGGAUGAUGUUCUAUUUUUUAUUAUAUUGAUAAUUUUUAAUAUAUUAGAUGUCAAGGAUUGAAUAUAAUAUGGCCAUGCACUCUAGGAAAUAAAUUACGUUAUAUCAUUU